AUGGAAUAAUCCAAACUUUAUCAGGAAACAAACGAAUUGCAACGGGCAAAUGCAGCUUCAAUCGCAAAGGAAUUUUCUCCCAAAUUUAAUUGGCGUUCAGAAAAAUUGGAUACAAUAAUCGAUAUUGGUUCAGCCAUUGGUGAUGUAUUUUUGGAAGUGGUUUGUCCUUUAUUUGGCAGACAAUUUAAAAGAAUCGUUUGUUCAGAUCUAAAUUCGAAUAUGGUGGAAUAUGGUCGAAAACAUUAUGGCAAGAAAAUCAAAAAUUGUGAAUUCGUGUUCUAAAUAUUGCCGGGGAAUUACCAGGUGAUAUGAAGGGACAAUUCGAUCAUUUGUUGUCGUUCUUUUGUCUGCAAUUGAUACCAAAUCAAAGAAAAGCUUUUCAAAACAUCUACUCUCUUCUACGACCUAGUGGGGGUAAUUGCCUUUUGACUGCAUUUGCUCGCUCCCCCUACUACGAUGCCUAUCUGCAUUUGAGUAAAACCGAACGGUGGUCCUCCUAUAUGGUCGACGUUGAAAAGUACACCUGUUCCUGGCAUUAUGCCUACGAUCCAGUUGGAGAAGUGGAGGAAAUUUUAGGCGAUUGUGGUUUCCACGACGUCCACGUACAGUUGAGACCAACAAUCUAUACCUAUGGCAGCAUAGAGGAUUUUAAAAAAAACAUGAAAGCUGUCUCACACUAUACACAUCGUAUUCCAGCUGAGUUACAGGAUGAAUUUAUGAAUAAUUUUGCCGAGGCCAUGAUUAAAGCUAAACCGCAUUUUAAGUUUUUCAAUUGUGUACGUCAGGGGGCGUUUAAUUUUCCCUUUGAACAGUUGAUAAUUUUUGCCAGACGAUGAAAAGCGAAUUUAAAUUUGAGAUACAAUUGUAAAUAAAAAUAAAACAUAACAAUUGUAUUUUUUGAAAUUUUUUUGUAUCUGAAAUUAAUAAAAUAAUUAAAUUGUAUUUAUAAAUUUAUUAUACACAUAUUUAUAUCAACUUAUUGUAUAAUAAAAUUCUAUAUCCCACGUGUCCACUA